AUGAUACUUAGUGAUGCUUGUGAAUGGGAGAACUUUGAAUCGAUCUUCCACCCCGGAGCCUACGUGUACACGACCUGGUCCGGCCGAGUCUCCUACAAAAGCUUCAUAGCAGCCUCCAAGGCUGGAAUGGACAAGGGCGCUUUUAUAAUGCACCGCUGCCACGGUGUCACGACCGAUAUCACGCCCGAUGGCAGUCGCGCGGUAACCAAGAUGAAGGCUACUAUCACUCAGCGAUUCACCAUUGACAACGCGGAGGUCGAUGCAGAGGCAGAUUGCCGUUUCUGUUUCUUCUUUGAGAAAGUUGACGGUCGCUGGGGUGCGCACUUUGUCAGGCACUGGUACGAGAAGGAUAAGUUGAUUCCUGUCAAUCCGAAUAAAAUUCCGAAGCUGGAUGAGGAGAAACUUAACUCCUAUCCUGAGGGUUAUAAGUGUCUUGCCUACUGCCAGGAGCUUACUAUGGGUAGGGUUAUCGCCAGUCUGCUUCUGUCCACCAACACUCUGCACUGUUCCCUGUGCACCCUGUCCAACAUCCUUCGUAGUGUUGCCCAGACCAUCCGUCGCACCGGAGACGGUCUGACCCAACCCUUCAGUAGCUCCGCCGACAGUCUUUCCGAGGCCACCCACGGUGCUGCCUACCGUGUUGGUGACGCCGCCCACUGUUUUGCCGAGGGUGUCCGUCAAACCGCCGAGAAGGCCGGGGUCUAUAGUUCAGAAGGACGCGUUAGUUCAAGGGAGGUUGAUGACGUGGACAGCGCGAAACUUACUGUUGUUCUGUUGAGACAUAUUGGGUAUAUUGUGAAUUAA